UCUGAGUUCACAGAUGAAAACUUCUAGGUUAAAUUUGAUACCCAUAACUCAGGAUAAGAAAAUAUUAAUUAAAUUACAUACGAUUCAUGAAUAUACCACGAUAUGACUUUCAUUACAGCAGAAUCCUCUGAGACGCCUUCGUCAGGUAAAGACAAUGGAGAAGAAAAAAAUAAUUCUGGAAAUGAUAAAACCGAAUCAAAUAAAUGGGGUUAUGAUUUAUAUCCAGAAAGGAAACCUUCUACGGACUCCAAAGUAGCGAAAUUUUUUAAAGGAAGGUCAAAUAUUGAUAAGACUAAAUGCGAACAAAAUGUAUACAAAUGUAUAUUGAGAAGUCCAUUAGUCAAACUAAUGUUGGGGGCACUUAAAAAAUCUGGUUGUGAAGUUGAUAUUCGAAGACAUAUAUCGUGUGAAGAAUGCAGCCCAAAUGUGAGUGGGGGCUAUGAUCCAAUCUUGAAUCAGGUUGUCAUAUGUCAGAAUACAGUAACAAGUCCUGGUACUAUUCAAGCAGUACUAACUCAUGAAUUCAUUCAUAUGCUAGAUAGUUGCCAAAAUAAAUUAGAUUUUACAAAUCUUGAACACCUAGCCUGCACAGAAAUUCGUGCUGCGAACCUAGCACAUUGCAGUUGGCUUUCUGCUUGGAUUAGUGGUGAUACAUCUAUAUUUAAUUUCAAAGAAACGCAUCAAUUUUGUGUGAAAAACAAAGCUUUGAGUUCAGUUAUGGCUGUAAGAAAUGUAACUGAGGAAGAAGCAAUGGCAGCAAUAAAUAAAGUUUUCACAAAAUGUUAUAAUGACCUAGAGCCAUUAGGCAGAAGGUUACGUAGAAAUUCAGAAGAUAUGUACAAAGUAUAUGCAGAGGGUAUUUAUUAUGGUUACGAAUUCGAAGCUCCUCAAUAAUAUAUACUACUUUUAAUCCUUCCUCUGCAUCCAUUUCCAUUAGAAAUAUGUUUUCAAACACCUGAUACCAAAUUAUAACAUACAACAUUCAGGUGCAAAUGAGCAAAAUAUAAUUUGAGACACUGCAUGGUGAAAUAUCAGAUUUUUAUCCUAUUUAUUUAUACCGAAGAAUUGAAUUUAUCUCAAUAGCCUAAAUUGUCCAGAUUUUUAGUUGAACAGAGUAGUUAAAUUUAUAGCCUAAUUAUAAGUAAGAUUGUGCAAACUGAAUAAAUAAUGAUGUUACACAA